CCCCCCGAGGGCGGCUGGGGCUGGGUGGUGAUGCUGGCCGCCAUGUGGUGCAACGGCGCCGUCUUCGGCAUUCAGAACUCAUGCGGGGUCCUCUUCGUCUCCAUGCUCCGGCUCUUCGGCAGCAGCGAGGACAAGCAGCUGGUGUUCAAAACAGCAUGGGUGAGCUCUCUUUCUAUGGGAAUGGUCUUCUUCUGUUCCCCAAUAGUCAGCAUAUUCACAGACCUGUUUGGCUGUCGAAAAGUUGCUGUUGUUGGAGCUGCAGUGGGGCUUGUUGGACUCCUUUCGAGUUCUUUUGUAAGCACCAUUGAACCCCUGUAUUUCACCUACGGGAUCCUGUUUGCCUGUGGCUGCUCGUUUGCCUACCAGCCAUCCCUGGUCAUUCUCGGGCACUACUUCAAGAAGCGCCUGGGACUGGUGAAUGGCAUUGUCACUGCAGGCAGCAGCUUGUUCACAGUGUCCCUGCCCUUCCUCCUGAGGGUCCUCAUCGACUCUGUCGACCUCUACAACACCUUGAGGGUCCUCUGCAUCCUUAUGUUUGUUCUCUUCCUGGCUGGAUUUACAUACAAACCUCUCGUUCCCAACACCAAAGAAAAGGAGGGAGGAAAGAAGGGAAAAUUCAAAUUACCUCCUGCGAAAAAGAUUUGCAAUUUCUCCGUUUUCAAAGUUCUCAGUUACCGAAUCUGGGCUUUUGGGAUCCCAGCUGCACUUUUUGGAUACUUUGUGCCUUAUGUUCACUUGAUGAAUCAUGUAAAAGACAGAUUUGGUGACAGUGUGCCAGAAGAAGUGCUUCUGCUAUGUCUGGGCAUUACUUCAGGAGUUGGCAGGUUGAUCUUUGGCAGAGUUGCAGAUUAUAUUCCCGGUGCAAAAAAAAUAUAUUUACAGGUGGCCUCAUUCUUUUUUAUCGGGCUGAUGUCUAUGAUGAUUCCACUGUGCAAUGUCUUUGGAGCUCUCGUUGCUGUCUGUCUCUUCAUGGGCCUGUUUGAUGGCUGCUUCAUUUGCAUUAUGGCUCCUAUUGCCUUCGAGCUCGUUGGGGCUCAGGAUGUCUCCCAGGCCAUUGGAUUUCUGCUUGGACUCAUGUCAGUGCCAAUGACAGUGGGUCCACCCAUUGCAGGUUUGCUGCGGGAUAAGCUUGGCACCUACGAUGUGGCAUUUUACCUGGCUGGAGUCCCUCCCCUCAUAGGAGGAGCUAUUUUGUGUUUCAUCCCCUGGGUCCACGAACGGCAGAAGUUGAAAGAGAGAGCAAAAGCUGUUGAUGGAGAAACUACUGAGAAAAUGCUGGAAAAUGAAAGCACUUUGGUGUCAGACACGACAGAAAAGCCAGUCAAAGAACUGGAUUCUGGCUUUUGAUGCCUUUUUCUUUUCCCUGUACCAUCCUGACCUCCUCCCACUGAAGCUAGAUUUCUACUUUUUGCCUGAAGAUAUUAAUACAAUACUGAAGUCUCGAACUAUUGCUCAAAUUGAAAAACUGCUACAAGAAUCUUUUAUACCAUUGAACUUUUUUGACAAGUCUUUGAAUUUGAUUUCAAGCCACAUUUUCAAGGUAUUUGAAGUUUUGUAGCUUUAGUGUGUACGUGAGUAGUGAUUCUGUGUGUGAAGAGAAUAUUUUUCUAAUCCAUCAGGACUGAUUUCUGGAAAUGUGAAAGCUGUUUUUCCUUCACUGACCCAGGAUUUUUCAAUAAUGUCUGUGAUCCAUCCUCUGUAGGCACACCCCUGAGUGUUUAUACUGGAUAAUGUAGUAGCUCUUACGACUGAUCUGUUUUUUUGAAGUUUAUCAUGCUGUUUACAGUCUUUUAUAAUUCUCUAUCGUGAACACAAAUAUGCAUCCUUUUGCUGAAAUGAUUGUUCCAUUAGAAAGCUAAAUUAUUAUAUAACUGUUGAAACACUCACUUGUGUUUGCAUUCACCUUUCACAGUAGCCCAAAGAACAUUAAGAAUGGCAUUUUUGGAUGGGCUCAGGUUUUGAAAAUGUGCAAACCAAGCUCCAAGUGCAAACAUGUUCAGAAGUUAAGCUGCUGAAUAAUAGAUUUUUUUAUUAUUAUUAUUAUUUGGUGAAGGCAAUACCCUUAAGGUGUACGUGUAUAAAUCUUUUUUCAACCAAACCUCAGAGUAGUGGAUAGUUUUGAAACUGUACUGACUAAUUCUUUGGAGCAGUAUUGUGAAUUAGACUAAAUUUAAAAGUAUUCUAUUGUACUUGUUAAGAUUUCUUUUUUUGUUGUUCAUAAAACCAAGACAGCUUUAAAGGAUACACUCUAAGUGCAAUACCAAGAUGUUUUUAAUGUGGAAAUAUACAUGAGCUAUUAAAACAACAUUCAGCAAUUAAAGAUUUUUGCACUAAGUGAACAUGCAGGUUUAUUACAUGUCUUCAUAGCUGUGCUCAAUUGCCUGUAGAUUAUAUGGCUCCAUAUUUUAUUCAAAUAUAAAGAAAUGUCUUUUCAUGUCCUAUUUCUUGCUUAACAUCCUAAACAAAUGGCCCCAUUGCUUAGGUAUUAAACACUGUCUGUCAAGCAAGUAACCUCUUUUUCUGAAAAAUGUUUAAAACCAUAAUACUUUGAGAUGAAAACACUGCUUUUCAGCUGAUCAUAAAACACUUCUAAGCACAUUGCUUAUCUGUGGAUAUGGUUCAGCAAUCACUGGAAUAUUUAAUCAUUCUUUAUUUCAGGUCCGUUCAAUACUAAUAAUUUUUGUUGUCUCAUUUAAAACUGUCAUAGCAGAGUAAACUAAAUGUGAUCUGGACAAAAUGCGUAUUUAAGUGCUUUUUUAAUUAGUAACCGGUCUUUACAUAAACUAUGGAGGCAUACUGUUGGUUUUUUUUAAUUACAGCCUUUAUUGUCUUUUCUAUUUUAAUUCCUCUUUUUCCAGUGUUGUAGUAAAUUGCUCAGAAAACCCAUCUUAAACAGCAAUACUAUUGCAUUUAAUGUUUACAUCUAGCAACUGACAGAAGUUCCUUAAAUAUAAUCAUGCAAAGCAUUCUAAUAAUUGUAGACCAAAGUUCAGGCUUUUUUAUAUUGCAGAAUUUCAAUUCCCACUUUGCAUGAGUGAGGUCUAAAAGAAUUGAAUAUUAAAAUGUUAGAGAGACAUAUGUGGAGGGACUUGGAGGUGGUGGGAGGGAAAAGCCAAUCUGGAAAACUGAGGUUCCUUCAGGUUCUGGGACUUGUGCUUUGGCACAUGGUAAGUACUUCUAAAAAUGUCAUUAAAUUAUGCAUAGUAGUGUUAAUUAAAAUUACUGCCUUCAUUACAAAAGUGAUGCUGACAGCCAA